AUGGAUACCAGGGGCUUUGGAGGGAAAAAGGGCAAAGAGGGGUCUUUUAAGCGUGCGUCUAUUAAACGCACAUCCUCUGGCUCUCAGAAGUUUCAGAGGGCAUGGAUUGAAAGGACUUUUCUAAAAAGGGAGUGCAUUCAUAUAUUCCCCAGCAAAGAGCCCAACAAAUGUUGCUGCGGUCAGCUGGUAAACCAACAUGUGGCUAUUCUUCCUGGCUCCACCAAUAAGAGCGCAGAGGAAGGCCAGGGGGUGCAGACCGAGCCUCCACAAGAGAAGUGGUUGGUUGCUAAGCAUACACAAGCCACGCCCACUGACGCAUACGGCAUCAUUGAAUUCCAGGGAGGAGGUCAUGUCAACAAGGCCAUGUAUAUCCGUGUGUCCUUUGAUACCAAACCUGAUAACCUUCUGCAUCUGAUGGUGAAAGACUGGCAGCUGGAGCUGCCCACCUUACUGAUCUCUGUGCACGGAGGCCUGCAGAAUUUCGACUUGCAGCCCAAACUCAAGCAAGUGUUUGGAAAGGGCCUGAUAAAAGCAGCGGUUACCACUGGGGCCUGGAUCUUCACCGGGGGAGUUAGUACAGGAGUGAUUCGGCAUGUGGGAGAUGCGCUGAAAGACCACUCCUCCAAGUCCCGUGGGAAGGUGUGCGCCAUCGGAAUUGCACCAUGGGGUAUUGUGGAAAACAAAGAGGAUCUGAUCGGACGAGACGUGACGCGACCUUACCAAACCAUGUCCAACCCUCUGAGUAAACUUUCUGUGCUUAACAACAGCCAUUCCCACUUUAUUCUUGCUGACAAUGGCACUCACGGAAAAUAUGGCGCUGAGGUCCGACUGCGCAGGCAGCUGGAGAAACACAUCUCUCUGCAGAAGAUCAACACACGUCUGGGUCAUGGGGUCCCUUUGGUGUGUCUGAUUCUGGAAGGAGGGCCAAAUGUAAUCUCUAUUGUUUUGGAGAGUCUACGUGAGGAGCCCCCUGUCCCUGUGGUUGUGUGCGACGGCAGCGGCCGAGCCUCGGAUAUUAUUUCAUUCGCUCACAAAUACUCGGAGGAGGAUGGGUGAGGAACAUACUGAUGAUGAUUCAGUGGUUAUUAAUUCAUUUUAAAGGAGCAGUUUAUCAAACUUUAUUUUACAAUACAUGUACUCACAGUGUAUUUACACAAGAAAGUACUGGUUAUAUAAGGUAACUACAUUGGGUAGGGUUAGUUUAAGGGGUAGGUUCAGGGUUGGUACCUAGUUAUUACCUUGUUAUUAUAAUUACUACAACAUGUGCAUAGUAUGUACAUGAGGACAUUAAAGGUCCCUGAACACUGAAGCUCUUUGGUCCCACUGUUUCUAAAAGCUCCUUCUCUUGGUCUCCAUUACCUUGGUGCAGGUUGGU